CCAGUAAACACUGUACAGCGCCAAUGAACCAAAACCCAAAUUGUUGACUAUACUUCGACCCACCUUUCCCCUUCUCUGCACCGCCAUCUUCUUCUUCUUCUUCUUCUCUCUGUAUCUCUCUCUCUCUCUCUCUUCAAUGGCUUCCCCCUCCCUCUUCCCCUUCCUCCUCUCUCUGCUCCUCUCUCUCUCCCCGGCCUUUUCUACCAACUCCGAAGGAAACGCCUUGCAUGCUCUAAGGAGCAGGCUCUCGGACCCGGCCAACGUGCUGCAGAGCUGGGACCCGACCCUCGUCAAUCCCUGCACCUGGUUCCAUGUAACCUGCGACUCCGACAACCACGUGAUUCGCUUGGACUUGGGCAAUUCUAACAUUUCUGGGUCUUUGGGCCCGGAGCUGGCUGAGCUCAAGCAUCUCCAAUACUUGGAGCUUUACAGCAAUAACAUAGGAGGGAAGAUCCCAAAGGAAUUGGGUAAACUGAAAAGACUUAUUAGCAUGGAUUUGUAUGCCAACAAGUUCGAAGGAGAGAUCCCCAAAUCGUUUGCGAAAUUGAAAUCUCUCAGAUUCCUACGGCUAAACAACAACAAGCUAACAGGUUCAAUUCCGAGGAAGCUCGCAACUCUGACUAACCUCAAAGUUUUCGAUGUUUCUAACAAUGAUCUAUGUGGAACAAUUCCCGUUGAUGGCCCUUUUGGAAGUUUUCCACCAGAAAGUUUUGUGAACAAUAGACUCAAUGGACCAGAGCUCAAAGGACUUGUCUCCUAUGACUUUGGAUGCUGAAGAAGAUUGGAAGCAUUGGAUCCUCUCCUUCACUUUGACAGUAUAUGUAGCAGUUUGUGUAUGUUCAAGUUGUCUAAGGUAACAAUGGAGCAAAGUUAAGUUGCAAAAUGUAAUGUGAUUUAUGCAAUAAAAAUGAGAUCAUUAAGCAAACAUUCUUAA